AUGUUUUCUACUUCUGAACCUCGCGCCCAAAGAAUUGAUCAGCGGGUUUUCUUUGACAAUGACCCUGGAACUGUUCAUUUCAAGAACGCGAUCCGCUACCUCAUCUCAGCGCUUGGUGCCUGGCUUAUACUCGUGGCGAGGCUGAGCCAGGCUGCAACAAGGCGAGUGCUGAAAGUGGUCCGAAUUCUAGUCGCACUGUCAAUCCGACUUGGCAUCCUCGUUGGCCACACAUCCGCGUUGUUAGAAGGUCAUAUACGGCCUGAACAACCUCCCCCGCUCGACAACAUCGACAUAUCACUCCCAAGCGACAGUCGCACCGCCAUUUCUGCACUAUCCAUCGACCCUACAAUUAUCCGCUCAGUGCAUUGCCCGAAAUGCUUUACCGCAUAUCUGCUGGAUGGUCUCCCCGAUAUCUGCGACUAUCGUGAGACACCCCGAAGCAGACCAUGUCAGGAGCCACUGUGGGCAACCCGUGCAACGCGAGGCGGACCAAGGAGGGUCCCUCGACGUCUCUACUGCACCCAGGACUUUGCAUCGUGGUUGGAAUUUCUUCUUUCGCGUCCUGGAAUCGAAGACCUCAUCGACCAGUCAUACAACCACCAGCGCCGACAUCCUACCUUCAUGGAGAGCAUUUGGGAUAGCCCAGCGUGGCGGAGCCUUGGAACAUUCACCACUACCGAGGGCAAUUUAACAUUCAGCUAUUUCAUCGACUGGUUCAACCCGUUCUCGAACAAGAUCGCUGGAAAGCACGUGUCAUGUGGUGCAAUCAUGUUGGUCUGCCUUAACCUCCCAUACGAUAUCCGACAUCGCCCAGAAAAUACCUUCUUUGCUGGUAUUACGCCCCCGCCCAAGGAACCCACCUACGUCACCAUCUCAUCGCUACAAGACCCGAUUGUCCACUCGUUGCGCCAUUUCUACAACGGAAGGGUCGUUCGUACCUUCCGACAUCCUGCUGGCAUCCGACGGAGAGUUGCUGUCCUUCCUGUCCUUGGUGACCUUCAAGGCAUCCACAAAGCGAUGGGCUUUGUUGCUGUCACUUCGGAUAAUAACCCCUGUUCGUAUUGCACCAUCACUACUGAUGAAUUUGACAACAUCGACACUGUCUACCCAUCUCGUGUGGGUGCCGACGUGGUUGCGGCUGCGGUGGAAUGGCGUCAAGCGACAACAAAAACGCGACGGAAAGAACUGGUGGGAGAGAAGGGUAUCCGGUGGUCGUCCUUGCACCUGUUGGAGUACCGCGAUCCAGUUGCACACACCAUGCUCGGUGUUAUGCACAAUUGGUACGAAGGUGUCCUCCAGCAUCACGUUCGGUAUAAGUGGGGCCUUGGCAUUCCCUCUGGGUUUCAGGCGAAGCAAAAAACUGUCUCGGUUGAUCUUGCCGCUGAAACCGACGAGGAUAGCCGAUCUGAGCUUUCCGACAACAGUUACGAUUCAGCCGAUUCGACCAGCACUGUCAAUACCGAUGGAGAAUCUCAACCGGAGGAAGCACCCGGACGGUGCAUCUUCAGCAAGUCCCAGCUAGCAGCUAUCCGAGAAUGUAUAGCAGCUACAUCCAUCCCGUCCUGGGUUGACCGUCCCCCUACCAAUUUGGGUGAAACAUCCCAUGGGAAGCUGAAAGCAGACCAGUGGCUCUCUUUGUUUCUCAUUUUUUUCCCCCUUUGCCUUCCUGAGAUCUGGUCUUUCCCUCUCACCCAACAAAGUGAACAGCUUCUCCAGAACUUCUACCAGCUCACGACAUGCACCAUUAUUCUUUCGGCUUAUUCGACCUCAGAUGAAUACGCCGAUUCCUACACAUCAUUUUAUAAAGAUUAUCGACACUCUUCAAAGCAGCUCUUUCCCCAUAUCGCGACUCGUCCAAACCAUCACUACGCCAUGCAUAACGGGAUGCUGCUCAAGUUCUGGGGGCCACUCAUACAGAUCAGUGAGUUUCCAUUCGAGCGACACAACGGGGAAUUACAGCGGGUCAAAACAAAUAAUCACUCAUGGGACAUGGAUUAUACGAUGUUGCGCCAUAUUUCCCAACGGGGCCGCCUCCUUGCGCACCUUGAUUCCUUCCCAGAACAGGAGCCUCAAGACAACAGGGGACAUAUUCCUAACAUGCUCCUUAAGCACGGUGUUGACUUGCUCCGGCUGGAUAUCUCUUGCUCGGAUAGUAGUAUCCAUGACCCCCAACGCACACACCGUCCAGCUCCAAAGCUGACACCAAUUCCUGAAGAUGAAUAUCUACAGGUCUUGGACUUCUUGAACCGUCAGCCCCGCACAUCCUCCCUCAGACAUUAUGCUGCAUACCCGCACCCUCUUCCUACCCCUUCCAUCCUUCCCAAAUCAGCCAUCCUUCGAUCUACCUUGGCCCAUAACACGAGGGAUUAUUCUGUUUUCCACCACCACCAAGGCCAAAGCUCUGUUGCAUUUCGGAACCCUUUAACCGGUCAGCAGUCUUUUGGCUUCAUCUGUUCCAUUUGGCAACUAUGUACAGGUGAUCCGACACUCGAUGACGGUGAGAUAGUCGUUGUUGCAGAACACAGAUUCCUGCAUGGUGCGGACCACGGAAAGGAUAUCUAUCGGGCUCUUCCCAACUUUAUGACACAAAUAGCCUACGACCACCCCUUAUGUCUUGGUGAGAAUGUACCUCCUGAGACCCUUGUCAUCAUCCGUAAAGUAGACAUUCAGAACCAAGUCCCCUUCCAUCGUCGUCCUCCUGGUUCAUUUGGUAUCUCUCGACCAACUAUCCUUCUUACCAGUGUACUCUCUCGGUUACGAUUAGGUUAUUAG